AUGGCUGCUGCUGGUGCUGAGAAGCUGUACCUUCUGGUGGCGUGUGCUUUGCUGCUCCUCGCCGUGGGGUGCCAGGCCAGCCCUCUGCAGAUCGGGUUCUACCAUGACAGCCCGACGCCGGAAAAGCUCAGCGCGCCCAACAAUCCCUCCCUACGCGGCUUCGAGCUGAUCGACGCCAUCAAGGACGCCCUCGAGGCGGCCUGCCCGGGCAUCGUCUCCUGCGCCGACAUCAUCGCUUUCUCAGCCCGUGACGCGUCUUGCAUCCUCAGCGGGGGCAAGGUGGACUUUGAGGUGCCUUCCGGCCGCCGCGAUGGCACCUUCUCCAACGCAUCCGAGCCGGUCAAGUUCCUCGUCCCGCCCACGUCCAACCUCAGCGACCUCGUGGACAGCUUCGUUGUCAAGGGCCUCGAUGUGGAGGACCUAGUCAUCCUCUCCGGCGCGCACACCAUCGGGCACUCCCACUGCUCCGCCUUCGUGCCCGACCGCCUCAACGUCACCUCCGACAUCAACGGCGGCCUCGCCGCGUUCCUGCGUGGCCAGUGCCCCGCGGACGCCGCUCCGGGUGGCAACGACCCGACGGUGAUGCAGGACGUGGUGACCCCGAACGACCUGGACAAGCAGUACUACAACAACGUGCUGUCGCGCACGGUGCUCUUCACCUCCGACGUGGCGCUCCUGACGUCGGAGGAGACUGCGAGGAUGGUGAUGGACAACGCCAACAUGCCCGGGUGGUGGGAGGACAGGUUCGAGAAGGCCAUGGUGAAGAUGGCCGGCAUCGAGGUCAAGACCGGCGACCAGGGACAGAUCAGGAAGAACUGCCGCGCAAUCAACUACUACUAAGUGCAUGCAUGUGCGGUGAAGGAUCACUCCAUCUCCAUUGUUUGCUUUCAUCUUGCAAGUGAGUUACCGCUGUAAAGUUUGGUUGUUUUAGCAUCCAUCAUUGUUGUCUUAUCUUUUGAUAUUCCUUGGUUCAAUUCUCGUCAACUGAAUUGUUCGUCUACAUGUGUAAAUACGCUGCAAGCCAAUGUUCUUCCAUUUGGGAAAAUAAAGUUACACUUUUGCUGUAACAUUUUGCAUCUUCGAACAUGACACUA